UACCAGUUUGGGGUGUCGCUAUAGACGUAUUUAAAUGGUUUCCGCCCUCUGCGUUGCCUAGUACUCAUUUUUUGCUUCGUCCAAGGGCAGAACAGAGUGAAGCCUGUCGUCUUUCAAGUAUUGAAGUUGAUGUUCAGUCCACAACGCGUUUUCUGACCGAAGACAUUUUGUUGCAAUAAUGGCGUACUCAAGUCAAGAUGGUGAAAUUGAAGCUGAUGGUGCAUGGUCAUCCAUGCCUAAUCGUGUGAAUUCCUUCAGACGCUUCCCCCGUACUGAAGAAUUUCCAGCUGAGCGAUUGGCCCGGGCAGGCUUUUAUUUUACAGGUCAGGCAGACAGGGUGCGUUGUUUCAGCUGCCAUGCGACAGUGGAAGACUGGAAUAGAGGGGAUACUCCACUGAAGAGACAUCAGCAAGCAUCUCCCAACUGCAGGUUCCUCAGCUGUGCUCACGGUGUGAGAAGCCCCAACUUCAUUGAAAGCCCUGCUUACGACGAAGAGGCCGAGGCCAGGGAGUUCCAGCUCCGCACAGGAGCGGUGGAGGAUCUGUCCCUUUAUCCCACUGUGCCACACAUGAAGAGUGAAGAAGCUCGGCUGAAUUCUUUCACCAAUUGGCCUGCAGAUGUUCCAGUUCAACCUGAAGACCUGGCAGCAGCAGGGAUGUAUUACAUAGGACCAAAUGACUGUGUGAAGUGCUUCUGUUGUGGGGGGCUGCUGGCAGGAUGGGAGCCAGGCGACGAUGCCUGGGGUGAACAUGCAAAGCACUACCCAAACUGCUUCUUCAUCUUGGGCCACGAUGUAGGCAAUGUGCCACUGCCUACACCUAGACCCAGGGUGAAUGGUCAGAGAGCCUCUGUGGAGACUUUUGAGGGGCGUCUUGAAAGCUUCAGAGGCAGACAACAUCCCAUAGACCCUGAGAGACUAGCCAGAGCUGGUUUCUACAGCACAGGAGAACAGGACCAUGUGCUCUGCUUCAGAUGUGGAGGAGGAAUGAAGGAGUGGAUGCCUGAUGAAGACCCUUGGGAGGAGCAUGCCAGGAACUAUCCAGGCUGUCGUUUCGUUCUGGCAGAAAAAGGAGAAGAAUAUAUCAACAGCGUGCAGCUGAGAUAUCCAAAUAGAGACCAUUCAAGAUCAAGUCAGAAUGGCUUUUCAAGUCAUGAGAAUGUAGCACAGAAAGUCCUGCAGUCAGAAAUUGCACAAAAGGCAGUAGGUAUGGGUUUUGACCCCAUCAAAGUGGAGCAAACCAUUCUGCAGAAAUUACGUCAGAACACUGAGGGUUAUACUUCAGUAGAGGCCCUUAUUCAAGACCUCAGUGAACUGGAGAGUGAGAGUACUAUACCCGAGAAAGCUGAUGACCCCAUGACGAAACUUGAGAAACUCCAGAGGGAGAAACUCUGUAAAGUCUGCAUGGACAGUGACAUUAACAUCGUCUUCAUUCCGUGCGGACACCUGGUCACCUGUCAGAAAUGCUCAGAACCCCUGAACAAGUGUCCCAUCUGCUGUGCCGCCAUCACACAGAAGAUCAAGACCUACAAUGCCUAAAUGACAAAGAGACCAACACUCCAAAAGAAACACUGUUGUUUAUUCAAAGUGGCAGGGUGUAAUCAUUCCUAAAUUUGCAUGUAGAUGUGUUUGUGUGUGUGUGUAUAUAUAUGUAGAUAUACAUCUGUAGAUGUACUAAACUAAAAUGAUAUUUUAUUUUUUCAGCAAGACUUCUGAAUAAGCUGUACAUACAUGUUUGUUUGUUUCAAGGCAGGGACACUACAUAAUAUAUUGAAGGGACAGACAUGUUUAUUAUAUCUACCUGUUCAUACCUCCUUAGCUGCUUCCCUCAAAUACAAAUAGUCUCAAAUUGAUGUAAAUUACCACAGUGCCUUUUAUGUAGACUACUUUUAAUGAACAUUUUGAUUGUUUAACAUUUCAACAUAAUCAUGUUUUACAAUUUGUAUUUGAUCUUUUAUUUAUUUCUUACAAAAUAAUAAUUGCUUGAGACUUUUAAUAAUGUUCUAGUUUGAUUCACCAGUCCAAACUUUUUCUUCUGAAACCUUUCUGUUGUCAUAAUUCCUUGAAUAAUGAUUUUUUUUCAUCCAUUAUAAUGACAAUAAAGUGGAAUUCAAAGUAA